AUGCCGGGUAAAUUAAUCGAUCGUUAUGACCAUGUCCCCGAGACCAAGGAAGACCUGGACUGGGCGGAGCUCAUCACUCUGGACCUGAGUCAGUAUGAUCAGCCGGGUGGAAAGCAGGAUCUUGUCAAGCAGCUGGAACACGCCGUGCGCUAUGUGGGAUUCUUCUACGUGAAGAACUUCAACAUCGGCCAGGAUGAGAUCGAUCGUCAAUUCGCCCUGGGCCGCGAGUUCUACGCACUGCCGCUUGAGGAGAAACUGCGUUUCCACAACCGAGAGGACCUCGACCGGGGAGAGUACAACGGCUACAGGCCCGCGGGGCACCGCAACCUAGGAAACGGCCUCAAAGACAACGCCCAGGUAUACAACAUCCCCAAAUUCGACGGCCACCACCCACGACAGCAUCCCCCGGUGCUCCGCGACAACCUGGCCGAGAUCGAGACCUUCAGCCGAAGGUGUCACACGGAGGUGGUUGAGAAGCUGCUCCGUCUGUUCGCAAUUCUCCUGGAACUGCCCGACGAGGACCAGCUGGUUCGCGACCACCAAUACGACGUGAAGGGCGAGGAUCAUCUGCGCUACAUGCAUUAUGAAGCUCGUAACUCCGAGGACAACAAGAAGGUCGGCGGUCUCUACAUUCCCGGCCACACCGAUCUGGGCACAGUGACCCUGCUGUUCCGACAGCCCGUUGCGGCGCUGCAGAUCCUCAACUCGGAGGGCCAGUGGAAAUGGGUGCGUCCGCAGAACGGCACCAUCACGAUCAACACUUGCGACGCCUUGACUGCUCUCACCGGCGGGCUGAUCAAGUCGAGCAUUCACCGGGUGCAUGCUCCGCCACCCGACCAGGCCCAUGUUGACCGGCUAGGCGUGCUUUAUUUCGCUCGACCCAAUAACCAUGUCGUUCUGGAUCCGCUCACAGACAGCCCGCUGCUCCAGCGUCUCGGGCUGACGCAAAACGUCUUCACAGAGCUUGGCCAGCAUCUGACGACCGAGCAAUGGGUCCAGAAGCGACAGACGCAGCAACAGCGACGGAACACGGAGGUCAAAGUGACUGACGAGGGGAAGUUCAGCUAUGGCAAGAAGGACCUCGAGAUCAUUCCUGGGUUGCAUGCGAAGGUAUACAACUAG